AUGAGGAGUCUGGCGCUGCUGUUAGGGGUGAAAGCCGCUUGCAUCCUGCUGGUGUCCUCGCUCUCGGGCACAGGGGCCGUCAACAACAGCGGCCGGUGGUGGGGUAUUGUCAAUGUGGCCUCCUCAUCCAACCUCCUCACCAAUUCCAAGAAUGUGCAGUUGGUCCUGGACCCAAGCCUGGCUCUACUGAGUCGUCGCCAGCGUCGGCUGAUUCGGCAGAAUCCUGGCAUCUUGCACGCCAUCGCCGCUGGGCUGCACACUGCCAUAAAGGAGUGCAAGUGGCAGUUCCGCAACCGCCGCUGGAACUGCCCGACCACCCACAGCCCAGCAAUUUUUGGCAAAAUUGUCAACCGUGGUUGCCGAGAGACAGCAUUUGUAUUUGCCAUUACCAGUGCAGGGGUGACCCAUGCUGUGGCUCGCUCAUGCUCAGAAGGGGCAAUUGAGUCUUGCACAUGCGAUUACCGCCGCCGAGGUCCUGGAGGGCCAGACUGGCACUGGGGGGGCUGCAGUGACAAUGUGGACUUUGGCCGGAUGUUCAGCCAGGAGUUUGUGGACUCCAGCGAGAGGGGCAGAGAUCUGCGCUACCUCACCAACCUACACAAUAACGAAGCCGGCAGAAUGACUGUGUCUUCAGAGAUGCGUCAGGAGUGUAAGUGCCAUGGCAUGUCAGGCUCCUGCACUGUACGUACCUGUUGGAUGCGCCUGCCCAGCUUCCGCACAGUGGGAGACUUCCUUAAGGAUCGGUUUGAUGGAGCAUCAAGAGUUGUUUAUGCCAACAAGGGAAGCAACCGUGCCUCUCAUCGAGCUGACCCCCGCCAUCUGGAACCUGAAAACCCAGCUCACAAACCCCCCUCUGCCAUGGACCUGGUCUAUUUUGAGAAAUCACCAAACUUCUGCUCCUACAAUGGCAAAACUGGCACUUUGGGAACUUCUGGGAGAACAUGCAACAGCUCUUCUCCAGGCCUAGAUGGAUGUGAGCUGCUAUGCUGUGGACGUGGGUUUAAGACCCGGACCGAGAGUGUGACCGAACGUUGCCACUGCACCUUCCACUGGUGCUGCCAUGUCAGCUGCUUGAACUGCACCAGUACACGAACGUUUCACCAGUGUCUAUGA